UUUCUCACAAGAAUCAAGCAACUUUACGCGGAAACACUUGAGCAAUCUUGGUACAUAGAAGAUCAUCAGAAGCCAAUAAUUAUUCAACGAUGAAGCUUUAUAGCGUUUCCGAUGGACCACCAUCUCUUGCAUGUCGUCAAGCACUAGAAUCUUUGAAUAUUCAAUACGAAUUAAUCGACGUAGAUUUUGGCAAGGGAGAACACAUGACAAACAAAUAUGCAGAAUUAAAUCCACAAAAGGAGAUACCUGUGUUAGUUGACGAUGAUCUCGUAAUGGGAGAAAGUAACGCCAUUUUACAAUAUCUCGGUGAUAAAUACGAUACCGCAGGCAAACUGUAUCCAAAGGACCCAAAAGCUCGUGCAAUUAUCAACCAUCGUUUGUGUUUUAAUUUAUCUAUGUAUUAUCGUAAUAUUUCUGAAUAUGUGAUGGCUCCUAUAUUUUUUGAUUACAAAAGAACUCCCCUGGGUCUAAAGAAAAUGUCGAUAGCACUAGAUGUAUUUAACACAUACUUGCAACGCGACAAUUCAGAAUAUGCUGCGGGUAAUACACUGACUAUCGCCGAUUUCCCAUUAGUUACUGCAACCAUGUGUCUAGAAGCAAUUGAUUUCAAAUUGAGUGCAUGGCCUUGCGUAGAAAAAUGGUAUAAUAACUUUAAACGGAAACAUCCGGAUUUAUGGGAAAUCGCUGCAGAAGGUAUGGGAGAGAUUAGUUACUAUGAAAAGAAUCCACCUGAUUUAUCUGACAUGGACCAUCCGAUCCAUCCAAUUCGCAAAAACACUAAAUAAUCUGA